AUGUCUGAAAGCGAAGGAGAACAAACGGCUAGAUCAAUAGCAUUAGAACAAGUUUAUGUUCAUGAAGUUUAUGAGCAAUGUGCUGAAAAAACCGCCCAAAGUCGUCAUUGGCCGAAAGUUUAUAAAUUUCUCGAAGAACUUGAACCUGGAGCUCUUGUUUGUGAUAUAGGUUGCGGAAAUGGUAAAUAUUUAACUAUCAAUAACAAUAUCUUUCAAGUUGGCGCAGAUAAGUGUAAAAAAUUUACGGAAAUCGCUCGACAAAAAAAUAACGAAGUAUUAGUAUGCGACAAUUUAGUAUUACCCUUUCGAGACGAAAGUUUCGAUGCAGUUUUAUCAAUCGCUGUAGUUCAUCACUUCGCAACAACCGAAAGAAGAGUAAAUGCAUUAAGAGAACUUGCACGUGUUUUGAGAAUUGGUGGAAAAUUGGUGAUAUCAGUUUGGGCUAUGGAACAAAGACAUAAAAAGUUUGAAUCUCAAGAUGUCUUAAUUCCUUGGCCCAAAGCAUACUGCUUAAAUUCCACGUGCAACUGUGGGACUAAAAUUCCAUGUGAUGAUGAGCAAUGUUACCAUCUAACACCAAAAUCUGUUUUGGCAUCAAAACGCGAACAGAAGUAUAAAUGUCGACAAUACAAGAAUGAUCCUUUUGUUAAUUCAUCGCCAUCUACUAGUAGUUUAUCGAGCCCUAAUGAAACUUGUUAUAGUUUUUUUCGUCGUGCUUUACAGAAAUUAGCAGGGAAGAAAAGUGUUAGUCAUCGUCCUUGGUUUUUUGACUCUUUUCACAAUAUUAGCUGUAAAAAUCACGACCAUGAAAUCGAUUCUGAUGACAAUUCUGAUAUCGAUGAUAUUCCUAUUGAAUUAAGGCGGCUAGAAAAUGAUAAUAUAAGGUUAAAUAAACAGAAUGAUACUUUCAGUAUUAAGUCUAAAAGUCUCGGUGAUAUUUUGGAAAUUCAACACCUAGAUUUAGUACGAACACGAUCGAGUAACCCAGAUCUAUGGUCAACAGUUACUUUAGAAGAAAAAAAUAAUGAUCGACUUUCCCAAAAAACUUUAUUAGAAAAAUAUAAAUCCCGAUUAACUAAACAAAAAAGUUAUUGCAUAGAAGAUACAUAUUCCGGAGAAGCUUUACAAAUUACUUCCAUUCGAGAAUUUAUUAAAAAUCUUCCAGAAUUACAGGCAAACACCACGAAAAGUAGAUCCGGAAAGCAUCCAAGUAUCAUAAAACAAUCUUCGAUGAACGAGGAACUUAUGUCGAUCGAACGUUUAGCAGAAAGAGAUCAUGUACGUCACAAAAUUAUAAAACAAAUAUCAUUAAAUGAAGAAUUUAUUUAUAAAAAUAAAACAAUGAACAAAGUAGAAGAUGAUAUAUCUAGUGGAACAUCACGACGAUUUCAAUUAUUGAAAAGUGGCCUUACUAACCGAAUCAAGCAAUCGACAACAAAUGUGGAAAAAGUAUCUUCAAUAGCUAUAAAAAAUGGAUUAGUUAAAAUUUUUCAAAGUUGGAAAUCAUUAGAUGGUAAUUCUGAUGAUCAGACAGACAAUAAAAAUUUUGAAGAACCUACAACUCAACCAGAAGAAAAUGCUUCGUUAGCAACUUUGAAAAAAGAAGCUGAAAUUGAGCGAUUUUCAUCAAAAGAAGAUGGUUCAGAUUCAUCUAAAGACAGUAGCCUACAAAGUGACACAAGUGUUGAUUCUGAAGAUAGUUUUGCAUCAGUUAUUUAUGUGCCAAAAAAACAAAUUUUGCCUAUCGAUGUCACUGCAACACCCUCCUCUCAAUUACGAGCAACAUCAGCGCCACCGUCUCCGAGAAUUAAACAUCCGCCUGAUUUUCACAAACCAAAAAUAAAAAUGAUGACAAUUUUACCGUUAUUAAAACAAUUUCCUGCUACUAGUAAAUCAUUGCCACCUCCUAGCCCGCCUGGACUCUCACCAAAAACUUUUAAUUCCAAUACACAAUCGUUUUUUCAUAAUCGAACUGCUGCCUACAAUUUUGAUAAGCCUGCAAGCAAACAAUUAAAUGAGCUAGUACCAAUUAAUUCUGAACUUAAUUCUCACACUGAUGUUGCGAAUACUAAUGAUCCAAUAACAAACAGCUUAAUAAUAAGUGCAGAUGAAGAUAAUUCACAUACUACCAAAGAAAAUAACAAUAAAGAAGAAAUAAAUCAAAAUGAAUUAAGUUUAAAGGAUCAUAAGCCAUCGCCGAAUUCAGCUGAUAGUAAUAAUUCGAUAUUAAUGCAAUCUAAAUGCAGUAUAGAGUUUAACAAAUCACCAAAUGAAUCACUCGACAAGUCUAAUAAAGAAUCUUUCAAUGAUGAAGAUAGCAGAAAAUGUAGGUUGAAUCAAAUAAAAGAAUUAUUACAACAAAAGCCAGGAUUUGCAACUAGAUGCUCAAAACCAGCGUUUCCUUUGGUUCGAAGAGCGUCUACAGCUACUGUGGGAAGACUAGAAGCUGUUGCAAAAACACUACCAAGACUUUUGUCGUUAGAAUUGUUUAAUCCAGAAACAGAUGACUUGGACAGUGAUUCUAGUGGUGUUUCUUCACCAGAUUCUGUAGAUUCUGUUGUGAGUGUUAUUUCUGAUGAACGUUUUACUAAAGAAAUAAAAGUCCUACUGACUAAACAAUCAGAAACAUCAGAAGUAUCUGAAAUUAAUAAAAAAUCACCUAACAGUUCUGAUGAAUCUGCUGUAAAUAAAGAUAGGGAACAAUUGAAUGAAUCCACAAUCUUAUCCAUUUCUGCAUCAUCAUCACAGUCACUUAGAAUACUUGAAAGAUCUGCUAGUUUAGGUAGUUAUCAUGAAAAUUCUGCUGAUAAAUUAAUUGAGUUACGAUCCGAAUCAAAAGUAUUUUCAAAAGUACCAAAUCAUACCCACGCAUCCAAUUCAUCGAUUAACAACAAUGAAACUUUUAUUUAUGAUGAUAUUUGGAACAAAAAAUAUAAUGAUAAUCUUAUUGAUUUUACUGAAAAAAUAACCGGAAAUUUAAUCAAUGAUAUUGAUCAUUAUUGUAAAGAACGAACUAUUGAAAUUUAUAAUGAUGUAACAAUUGAUAAUACAACGGAACCUAAUUCUAAUAGUUCUUUAGUACAACAAAUUUCUAGUCUUAAUACAUUAGAAGAAACACCAAAAUCUAAUUCUAUGAUGUGGUUAAAAAAUCAAAUUGGCGAUCAUUUUUCAAAACCCACCAAUAAAUUUAAAGAAGAUGAUCAUUUUUAUGGAAUCGAUUCUGAAGAUACAAUGGAUUUUGUUAUGGUAUCAAAAACUGGGGAAGUUGAAGAAAAUGAAAAAUAUUUAAUUGAGUCAAAAAUAAUUACUGAUGAGAAGAAAAACCAAAAACUUUCUCAAACUAUAAGGUCUAAUAAAAAUCAUAAUUCUGCUGAUUUAAGUGAUUCAUCAACAUCUUAUAGUUCUCCCGUGGUGUUUCAAGACUCUAACGACGUUGAGUAUAAAUUUAUAGAAAAUAAGACAAUAUGUCCGUACAACAAAAAAUCUGAAUCGGAAGAUAAGUUCAGAGAUAACAAAUCUAAUACGUCAAAUAGGAAUAAUUACAGUGAAUCAUCAUCGCAAGAAUCUCUUCCGUCAGAACGAGAAGGUGGCGCUAUUACUUAUCAUCAAUAUUAUCAUGUAUUUAGAGAAGGCGAACUUGAUCAGUUGAUCAAUAAAUACGUUGAAAAUUUACAUAUUAUUUCUUCGUAUUAUGAUCAUGCCAACUGGUGUAUUGUUGCUGAAAAAGUUCAAGUUUGGACUAUAUAA